AUGGCUGGAUCGGAUCAUAUCGUUGGCGACGCUGCGCCCUCUCCAGACGCCAACCAGAAAGGUGCUUUGGAGAAGCAGGACAUCUCUGAGAUCGAGAGGGUGGUGUCCGGUGGCAGCGAUCUGCAGAAGGAUUUCAUCGACUAUGACCGUAUCGACAAGGACGUCGCAAAGUAUGCGAAUGCGACGCAUGUCGAGAUAUCCAAGGAAGAAAACAGGCGCUUGAGACGCAUGAUUGACAGGCGCGUGCUUGCCAUAAUGGUUCCAACGUACUUCCUUCAAGCUCUCGACAAAGGUACCAUAUCUUUUGCUUCCAUCAUGGGCAUUCGAGAGGACUUGAAUCUCCACGCACAACAGUACUCGUGGCUCACAACCUGUAUCUAUAUCGCCGUCCUCAUUGUGGAAUAUCCCACAAACUGGACUAUCCAGAGGGUGCCGAUUGCAAAGUACCUUGCUUUAAACAUUUGUCUCUGGGGCGCAGUACUCGCUCUCCACUCGGUUGCAACGAAUUUUGCCACAAUCGUGACCCUGAGGACGUUGCUAGGCAUCUUCGAAGCGGUCUGUCAGCCCAGUUUCCUCAUCCUCAGUAGCAUGUGGUACAAGCGAGAAGAACAGGCCGAAACGGUAACAUAUUGGUACAUGAUGAAUGGAGGCCAGCAAAUCGUGGGUGGCUUACUGGCAUAUUGCUUCACCCAAAUCCAGUCUGGGCCUCUGAAAUCGUGGCAGGCGAUUUUCAUUGCCUAUGGCUGCUUUUCCGUGCUUUGGGGGCUUUUCGUCGGCUGGUGGAUGCCUGAUUCUCCAAUGAAAGCAAAGUGCUUCUCAGAAGAGGACAAGAAGUUGAUGGUUGAGCGAGUGAGGAGCAAUCAAACAGGACUGCAAAACAAGAAGUUCCGUCCAGAGCAGGUCAAGGAAGCAUUCCUGGAUCCACAGACGUACUGCUACUGUCUCAUCCAGAUUUGCACAACUUUGCCCACUUCUGGCUUAGGAGCUUUUGCGAAUAUCAUCAUCACAGGAUUCAACUUCACCGUCCUUCAGACACAGCUGCUUGCAAUGGUUCUUGGUGCUGUGAUAAUCAUCAUCUUGCUUACCUCGACAUGGCUCGUUAAGAAAUUCCAUCAGAAUUGCUUGGUUAUGGGGCUCUUCAUCAUACCAUCUUUCGUAGGCACGAUCGUGUUGAUGAGCGUCCGGAACACAGACACGGCGACCAAAGUGGGAUUGCUCAUCAGCUACUAUAUUGUGCUCUCAUUCUGGGCCGCUCAGACGCUCGCUAUGAGCAUGAUUUCUCGAAAUGUUGGAGGUCAGACGAAGAAGUCAAUCGUUGUCACAAUGAAUUUUGUAGCCUGGUGCACCGGAAAUGCCGUCGGUCCGCAGGUGUUUCUGUCAUAUGAUGCCCCACGCUAUUUCAUUGCCUUCAGCACUCACCUCGGCUGCUAUGUUCUCCUUGUGCUGGUGAUUGCGUUCCUCUGGCUCCAUCUCAAGCGGCAGAAUCGGAAGAAGGACGAGUUGGUUUCUGCCGGGAUUCGAGAGGCCAAAGAUGAUAAUUACGUGCACGCAUUUGAUGAUUUGACGGACCGAGAGAAUCCAAACUUUAGGUACAUAUAUUGA